UUAACAGCACACUAGAAGAUCCUCAGAAAAAGGAGAUCGAACGAGUCAGUUUUGGGGGGCUGCUUCUAGUUCAAUGUUGGUCAGUCCCAGAGAAGCUAUCUUCCUGGCUCAUCAAGAGAUUUGAUGUCACAAUAUCCGAAUUGGUCAUACCGUACAGGGGCAGAAUAAAGGUUGAUGACCACGCUGUCCACAGGAUCCUGGGGCUCCCAAUGGUUGGAGAGCACAUCGAUUAUGCAAAGAACAGCUUUGCUGACACAUAUGAAGAAUUUUACAAAGUUUUCAACCAUGAAAAUGACCAAAAAGCGCCAACAUUCACCGAAGCUGAAAAUUGGCUAUUGGGUGAGGGAAAGAAGAGGAGUGACACCAUAUGGCUGUGGUAUUGGCUUGAGUUUGCCAUCAGCUCAUUCUUGUGCCCUACUUCAAACCCAAGUUUGUGUGUGCGGGCGUUCCAUGCGAUCGCAGAUAUAGAAAAGAUCAACAAAUACAAUUGGUGCAGGCUUGUAGUUGAAAAAUUGAUUAGAGGCAUCACGGAGUUCAAUGAAGUAGGAAAGAAAUCAGUGUCAGGCUGUCUUUUUCUCCUUACGAUUUUGUAUUUGGAUGCCCUCGACACCGGUGAUAUUGUAGAUCAAACUGCAAAAGUAAGAGCUUCUAUUUGGACACAAAGCUUGGUUACCAGAAUCACUACAAUGGACAAGGUAUCCAGCACUGAAUUUGGGAAGUUACAUGUGAGUCAUUUGUCCCUUUUUUUCUCUCAGUUUUUCAUGGAGUAUCAAUCUGCAUGUUGUCUUAGUAUCAACUUACUCAUGGACAUGUAUCAACUUACAUCACCACCUUGAGUCAAGUUGACUAUAUACGUCAUAUAAUUUUUUUUGCAGCUCAAAGCUAAGUACCAAAUGAACUCCCC